AUGGUAUGUUCGCACCGCCCUCGCACGGACGUGCAAUCGAAAGCAAACCGCGCGAGCGCACGCAUCGGCUGGGCGAUUGGCUGCUUCGCCAAGAUACUAAUCUUGAUCGCGCUGCGCGCUGCGGUUGGACGUAAGAAGGGCUCGGGGGUGCCACCUUCUCCCACUUACGGCGACAGCGCCCAUAUAUCGCGGCAGCGUGUAUCUAGUGCCCCGGGUGAAGGGAAGUGCAGGCAGUGGACAGAUACUUCGCAUAUCCAUGGCGCCUUCCUCCAAGACGCCCUGGAGUGGCCAUCGGGCACAGCUUCGGCCGUAUUGGUGUGCGGUCUCUACUCCGUGCAUGCGGCCUCCGCGAGGCGAGCUAUCUUCAGAUGCUCUCACAGACGCGGUCGACAAUCGUACGCACGGAAAAGCUCCGCCCGACUCGGCGAAACACAGCUCUGUAAUGCUCGAGUUUCUGAGACACGUCCAGAGGCGCUGCAAGCCCCUGCUCUUCCGGUCGACCGUCAUCAGACCACCUGCCGUGCCGUUGACGGGCCUGCUGAUGAUGGUCACACUGGCACGCAGGCACAGUGCGAAUCACCGGGUUACGCACACACCAUCGCGGAGUUCUCGCGAACGGUCAGUCGGCGUGCAGUCUCGCGUCGUCUUCAUAUUGCUCCACUCCGUCUUUGA